UAUAAAUUAGCAAGGGCUCUGCAGUCUAUUGCAUCAACUACUUCUGCAAACAGAACACACACUUGUCUCCAAACGUUUUAAGUUGAAACAAUGGAGGACGGAAAGUAUGAUCUGUAUGCACUGAGCACAACAGCUAGGAGGGAUGGGAAAGGCGGUUAUCGGGCAACUAUGUUUGUCUAUGUGUUGGGGUCCUUGGAGAACAUUGGAUUCAUUGCCAAUAUGGCAACAUUGGUUCUUUACUUCCAUCUGGUGAUGCACUUUGAUAUCUCAACUGCUGCAAAUACUCUUACAAACUUCUUGGGAUCAACCUUCCUGCUCACAAUCGUGGGAGGUUUCAUCUCGGACACUUACUUGAACCGUCUUUACACAUGUUUACUCUUCGGCCUCCUUGAGCUAAUGGGUCUUACACUGCUUACGAUCCAAGCUUAUGCUGAUAACUUGCAUCCGGAUGCCUGUGGCGAAGAAAAAUCUUCUUGCAUCAAAGGUGCAGAUGCUCUUAUGUUUUAUGCCUCUCUAUGUCUAAUGGCACUCGGUGCUGGUGGACUCAAAGGAUCUCUUCCAGCACUUGGUGCAGAUCAGUUUGAUGCUAAGGAUCCCAAAGGAGCUCAAUCCCUCGCAAGCUAUUUCAGCUGGUAUCAGCUAAGUGUAACCUUUGGAUCCAUCAUUGGUGUGACUGGCGUCGUGUAUGUCAGCAUGAAUGUCGAAUGGUAUUGGGGAUUUUUCAUUGGACUGGUCGCGGCCUUUGUAGGUUUUGUGGUGCUAGCACUAGGAAAGCCUUAUUAUUGCAUCCAACCCCUUGCCAGCAGUCCUAUCAUCAAGAUUUUUCAAGUCAUAGCAGUCACAUUCAAAAACCGAAACUUGACAUUACCAGAGGACCAUAUGAACCUAUAUGAGAUUGAGGAUAAAGAAAGAGAUAUAUCUGAUGUCAAGAUUCUACAUACUGACCAGUUUAGCAUACUAGACAAGGCAGCAAUCAUCCCCGAGGGUGUGAAACCAGAGGCAUGGAAAGUCUGCACAGUCACUCAAGUCGAAGAAGUCAAGAUACUCACCAGAAUGUUGCCUAUAAUAGGUAGUACCAUUAUCAUGAACACCUGUUUAGCCCAAUUGCAGACCUUUUCAGUGAUCCAAGGCAUCUACACCGAUCCCCACCUCGGCUCCCUAAAAAUUCCCACCGCCUCUAUCCCAGUCAUUCCUCUGCUUUUCAUGUCAAUCCUCCUUCCAAUCUACGAGUUCAUCAUCGUCCCAUUUGCAAGACGUUUCACAGGCCACCCCAACGGAAUCACACAGCUUCAACGUGUCGGUGUAGGCCUUGUCCUCUCAGUAAUUUCCAUGGCCAUAGCAGGCCUUAUUGAGGUAAAGAGGAGAAACCAAUUCUAUGACAACCCUUUAAAGCCCAUCAGCCUAUUCUGGCUAGCUUUCCAGUACGGGGUAUUUGGCAUUGCUGAUAUGUUCGCGAUGGUAGGACUAAUGGAAUUCUUCUACAAAGAAGCUCCAUCAGGAAUGAGAUCACUUUCGACUUCAUUUGCUCUCAUUUCCCUGUCCUUUGGCUACUUCUUGAGCACGGCCUUUGUGAGCAUCAUAAAUGCAGUCACCAAGAAAAUCACACCAAGCAAACAAGGCUGGUUACAUGGUCAGGACAUAAACCACAACAAUUUAAAUCUCUUCUACUGGUUUCUAGCUAUUAUCAGUGCCCUCAACUUUGUGAGUUACAUAUACUGUGCUAAAUGGUACAAGUGCAAAGAAGAAACUAAGGUAGCUGCUUCGGAGACAGAAGAAAAGGUCACUAACUGAUCACACAAAUCAUCGAUAGAUAAAUUGUUGUGAGUUGGCAUGGCUCGUUAAUCACGCUAUAUGUUUGUAAUAAAUUUGAUCCACCGAUUCAAAGGUUUUUUUUUCCUUCUUUUGAUACCUUUUGUAUUAUAUAAAGAUAUAAUAAUAAGCGAUGAUUCAUGGUCUAUAA